AGUCAGAAGUGAAUUGAAUUAUAAGCAUAUUUUCUAGCUAAAAAUCUAACUGUCGUUUGAAAUAAAUUUUAUUUUAAAAGAAACGGUUUACUCUGCUUGUAAGCAAAAUGGUGAAAUAUAGUUUAGAUGCAAACUGCGGCAUCCGGGGAAUAGUGUUUUUGGUGCUUCUGUUUUUAACUGUAGCUGAUACUCAGUUGUUUCCUAGAGCCUUCUUCAAUCGACUUAAUAUUCCCUGUGUCAUAACAGUGGGUGAAGAAAAAGUUAACCUGACGUCAAUCAUGUCUGAAUUGACAGAAAAAGCUCGAGCCAAUAAGGCAGCUGCUCGACAUACUGACACCAAUUACCGCCAGGAAGCCUUCUACGAUCCAACUUUUUCGGAAAGUUUUAUAGCAAGAGAUGCUCUUUCAUGGCUUCCGAUACCUAGUCAACAACCUCAUGCUGAAGUAGAAGCUCCCAUAAAAGACGUUUAUCGGAAUCUCCAGUUGUACUUGGUAGUUGCAGAUUCCAGGAUAUUGGAUCACAAUCUUCACAAUGACAACCCUAUUUACCUGGAGCUCUUCCAAAACCUGAAGAAAAAUGCAUCCGUUCUGUUGUAUCACCUUUACGAAAACAUGAAGAAGUUGCAAAUUGAGCCAGUCACUGGCCCCUGUCAAAAUACCAACAAAGAGUUCGAAAUGUUACAAAAUACACGGACCGAACGGGAACUGAUUAGCGCCUCCUUCCUCACGAGGUACACCAUUCUUGCUGACUACACUUGGGGAAUGUUUUUCAAUUACACUUGGCUGUCCCACGAAAACUGUUGAAUGGCAUAACAACUGGAAAACAUUGAUUUUCUUCUUGAACGCUGUUUUUUGCUUUUGUGAACGCACUUUAGUAUUAAGAAAAACAACAUUAGUAAUCAGCCUUGCUUCUCUCGUUUCGAUGCACAUGGACUCGUUAUUUUUGAAAACGGAUUUUAAUUAUAUAAACUAAUUAUAUAUUUGUUAUUUUUU